AUGCCUUCCGGUGUCGCAGUCGUCGACGCCUUCAAGAACCUCAUUAGACACGGCAAGAAUCAUCAGAAUGUCGUCAAGGCCUCUCCGGAUUAUUCGGACUCAUCCUCCUCUACCGCUCACUCAUCCUCAUCUCGCACUCACAAUCAGUCCCGGGUCCCGAAAGAAACUCCGCAGCCCGCACAGAUGCCGCAGCCCGUUCAACCGUCCCCCGAUUACACCCGGGAGGCCGAGUUGAUCGUCCAGGAGGAGCGUGAAGCAAAGAAUAAGAUGCCGGUCUACAAGGGUCUCGAAGCAUACAAAAUCCUUGAGAAGAUGGGCGACGGAGCUUUUUCCAAUGUGUAUAAGGCCGUCGAAACCGCAACCGGCAAGAAAGUAGCCAUCAAGGUUGUCCGCAAGUACGAGCUCAAUGCCUCGCAGGCUAGUGCCAUUUCCCUCGCCGCUGGAGACAAACACCUGAAUCCCCAGUUCAAGAAAAAGCCGCGUGUGACGGAGCGCGCAAAUAUCCUGAAAGAGGUCCAGAUCAUGCGCGGCCUCAAUCACCCGAGUAUAGUCAAGUUACUUCAGUUCUCGGAAUCCAACGAUUAUUAUUACUUGGUCUUGGAGCUUUGCGAAGGCGGAGAGCUUUUCCACCAGAUCGUCAAGCUCACCUAUUUCAGCGAGAACCUCGCACGCCAUGUUAUCCUGCAGGUCGCACAUGGCAUCCGUUAUCUCCAUGAAGAGCGUGGCGUUGUCCAUCGUGAUAUCAAGCCAGAGAAUCUUCUCUUCGACCGUAUACCUAUAAUACCCUCCAAAAACCCUGUACAGCGCCCUUACGACGAAGAAAAGGAGGACGAAGGCGAGUUUAUUCCCGGCGUUGGAGGUGGGGGCAUUGGACGCGUCAAAAUCGCGGACUUCGGCCUUUCCAAGAUUGUUUGGGACGAACAAACCAUGACGCCAUGUGGUACCGUUGGCUAUACCGCGCCUGAGAUCGUUAAGGACGAGCGGUAUAGCAAAAGCGUCGACAUGUGGGCACUCGGCUGCGUUCUCUACACGCUCCUUUGCGGUUUCCCACCAUUUUAUGAUGAGAGCAUCAAUGUUCUGACGGAGAAGGUUGCACGUGGCUACUACACCUUCCUCAGCCCGUGGUGGGACGAUAUCAGUCAAUCUGCGAAAGAUUUAAUUACACACCUUUUGUGCGUUGACCCCGCCCAAAGAUUUACGAUCGACGAAUUCCUCGCGCACCCGUGGUGUAAUGCUGCACCCGCACCGCCGCCGCCGCCGACUCCGGCUGCCGUUCCUAUGGACUCGCCGUUACUACGGGAUAUCUACAUGAAGGGUGCAAAGGAAGCGCGAUCGCCGGGACUCGCGACCUUGAAGGAGGCGUUCGAUAUUACGUACGCGGUGCAUCGUAUGGAGGAAGAGGGUGCGCGCAGGAAAGCGUACGGAGCAGGAGGUCGUGGCUUCCUCGGCGGCCUCAACGAGGAUGAUGAAGAAGAGGACGAGACGCUUGUGGAGGAGGCGCGGAAACGCAAGGGCGAGCCGAAAGUUCAGACCCAGACACAGGGCCACUCCAAGUCGGCUUCUGAAUCAAGCACGAAGAGCCGAGGUCGCAGUACGGACACCGGACGACGUGAUGAGCGCCAUCUCCACGAAGGCCGUGCUGGUCAGCGAGACCGCGGAGGACGAGGACGAGAAGUCGCACCGUUCGAGCUCGACAUGGACGGAGCAACCCUUCUGGGGCGGCGACACAAGAAGGGCGGUAUCGGUGGCGCUCCCAUGGAGAGUAGCCCCCUCGCCCGAGCGCCGAUCCGUGCAGGAAACAACACCAUUGACACCCCGCAGAGUCCAAUGCACAUUGCGUAAGCGGCACGAUCCGGGGCGAUCCACCUACACCCCCUUAUAUACCAUCUGCACUUGGCCCUACAGCAGUCUACACUCCCGCUUGCUCAUCGUCGUUUGAUCGCUCGCAUUGACCAUGUUGUAAUGUUCCGAGGGACUGUCACAGGUACAGCCCCGGAGAAACUGGAUUGUAUACACGCUUGUAUUGUAGUUUAUUUGAGGUUUAGUAUAGUCGAACAAU